GUGCUUCAGGUAGGGAGUGGAGGCGUGUCGCGUCUCUCUCAGCCUCGUAUUUCCACCAUGGCAGAGACCCAAGCCCCGCCCAGCCGCCCGCCGCGCCCCCCGAAGACCCAGGGCACCGGUAGGACGCAGAAGGAGUCACUGGAGGGCGUGGACGAGGAAAUCCUGACCUUGUAUGAGCUUCUGGAGCGACAAGGGCUGACGGGGCGGCAGUGGGAGGAGGUGACACAGCCGCUGGUGGAGGCUGUCAACAAGGCUCACUUCAGGAGGCGGCUGUCCCUCGCCAUCAGAGCCUUCGUCAUCGUCACCGCCCUCCUCCUCUUCUUCUACCUCCUCCUCCAGGUGUCAUGGGUGCAGAGGAUUGGCACGGUGGCCUUCAGAAACUUCCUCCUGAUGUUGUUGCCUCGCUGGGACUGGACGAGGAUCUACUACUCGGACUGUUUCAUCACCAACCCUUACUACGUGAGCCGCGCCCUGAUUGAGGAGGACUGCAAUGUGUGUGAAUCCCUGGAGCGCAUGGAUCGGCUGUCCAACGUGUCUUCCUUGGUGGUGUCGGAGGACUACCUCAAGAACGACGUGCCCUUCAUCGUGACGGACGCCAUGGAGGACUGGCCCGUCAUGAAUACCGACGACUUCUGGUUCGACAACGUGACCGAGGUGUACCUUGGCGAGGAGCUCAAGAACGUUUACCCCUGUGAGCUGACCUCCAACCUGCGCCUGCGACCUGAUGACCUGCGCAGCUUCCUCAAAAAGAUCCACAACCCAGACAUCCAUCGCUGGUACGGACACUGGGAGAACUGCAACAAGAAGGCAGCCAAGGCCCUACGUCAGCUGUACCGGCGGCCGUAUUUCAUCCCGCACAUGGUGGACCUCUCCGACUCCAACUGGGUCCUCAUCUCCUCGGACUUCAAGGGCAAGGUGUAUAAGGAGGUGAACUUCCAGACGGAGCUGCUGUGGGUGGCUCAGGUGCGAGGGUGGAGUCGCGUCCGUUUGGUGCCCCGGGAGCCCUGCGACCACUUCUGCCCCGAGCUGCUGGAUGACCUAACAGAGGGCCAGAUGGUCGUGGUGACCAAUCUGCUCUGGAAGUUCGAGUACAUCCCGGGUGAACACACGGACAACCUCGGCAUAGCUGUGGGGGGGUUUUGGACCUAGCUCGCCCCCCUCCCACACACGCACGCACAUACACAAACGAACGCACAUACAUAACACACUCGUAAAUGUUUAUCUAUUUAUUUUUUCUUAUUGCAAUAGAGGAAGCAGUUUGUGGCAAAUAUAAAAAACAAAGAAAGAAAACUCACAACACUACUGCUCCCCCCUAAAAAGAAAAGGUGAUAUGUUUUUAAAUUCGAAAAGAUUAUUACUUAGAAAAAGGUUGGUAGGUAAUAGAUAAUAGAAGAAGGUCUAUAGAGACUAUCGUUUCAUCUAUGAUUUAAGAAGAAGCAAUGGAUGAGAGUUGGGUGAUGGUUCUGGAUGUCUCAAACUUUACACACACACACACAAAUGCACACAACUACAUAACACGCCCAUCACAAUCAAAGAAGGUCUGUGGGGUAGCAUUGCACCUAUGAUUUGAGAAGUAACAGAUGGGAGCUCGUUCAUGGUUUUGGAGGCAUCUAAGUUGACUGGAACGUACCUUCAUGUUUAUCCAAGUUUAUUCCCACGAAAGAAUCAGAUGGGAAAUGGAGGUAAAAAAUUAAUGAAGAAAUGGUUCCAUGGUUCAGUUCAAGUCUCAGAGCAGCAAGAUUGAAAGGGAAAGCUAAUGACGCAGUGCUCUGUCUUAGUUGAAAGUGAAGGUGAGAAUAUAUUGUUUUGUUAGGGAGUUAUCCAGUGUUUAUUUUCCUUGCUUUUAUAAUAUCUACCUAAAACAGACAUUCAAAUUCAGACAUCAUUGACCCUAAAACAGACAUUCAAAUUCAGACAUCAUUGAACCUAAAAGAGACAUUCAAAUUCAGACAUCAUUGAACCUAAAACAGACAUUCAAAUUCAGACAUCAUUGAACCUAAAAGAGACAUUCAAAUUCAGACAUCAUUGAACCUAAAACAGACAUUCAAAUUCAGACAUCAUUGAACCUAAAACAGACAUUCAAAUUCAGACAUCAUUGAACCUAAAACAGACAUUCAAAUUCAGACAUCAUUGAACCUAAAACAGACAUUCAAAUUCAGACAUCAUUGAACCUAAAAGAGACAUUCAAAUUCAGACAUCAUUGAACCUAAAACAGACAUUCAAAUUCAGACAUCAUUUUCCUUCAGUCUCCCAGCCUAUCCAUAACUUUGAACCAAUAGAAAAAGGCAUUCAUAUCCAAGCAUCAAUUUCUUUCAAUUCUUCGGUAAAUCGAUAUAUCUAAAAUGAUUCGCAGGCCAUCAAGUCACUAUUAUUUCCUUUGUGAUCCAAGCGUAAGUUGCGACAAUGUUCCUCUUUGCUGCACUCUUUACAUUUUUUUCAUUCACUAACUCCUUCGUGUACCUCCGUGAUAGAGCGAGCUAGUCAAACUACAUAUGUAUUGAUAAUUCUAAUAGGUUGUAAAUUGAGUCUUAUAUUUUUUGCAUCACAGUAGCUGAAAGUCCUAAUAUUUUCUACCGGUGCCAAAUAGAAAGUCAGAACUAUUAUAUUUAUUUACAAAGGACUGCAAUUCAUUAUGACACACACACACACACACACACACACACACACACACACACACUAACACACUAAUAGGCAAUGAUGUAAAAGAUAACCGAGUAUAGUAUUUCAAAAAGGCCAUUCUGACGAGAGACAAGAUUGGCCGCCACUUUAUAUUAGUUCAGUGAAAGGAAAAGCACACAUACACACACACACACACUAAUAGGCAAUGAUGUAAAAGAUGACCCAAUAUAGUAUUUAAAAAAGGCCAUUCUGACGAGAGACAAGAUUAGCCGCCACUUAAUAUUAGUACAGUGAAAGGAAGGGCUCGGAAAGAUAUACACCAGGUAUUCAUUAUAUGCGAGGGCUACGUUCUGCAAAAAGCUCGCAUAAUGUUAAUUUGCAUAUAUCGAACCUGUCAUCCCAUUAAUUAUAAGGGGUUAUGUUCCACGACCUGUUCAAACCCUCUAACUAUUUAUUCCGGCACCGUUUCACAAUAAUAAAGCACCUUGAUUAUUUCUGGGGAGACACACCCAAACUCUACGAUUUAAGCUGAUAAUUAGCUACCUGAGGAUUAACUUUAGGAUCAGAGGGAGGAAAAGGUUAGUUAUAACAUUUGCACCCGCUGCCCUCUAGUGCGAUUCGGCCACCAUACCUCACAAACCAGUCCCUUAAUAGUGAAUUUUUCUCACAUAAUACGAAUACUUGGCUCAUUUAGGUUAGUCGCAUAUGAGCGAAUUCGCAUAUUUCGAACUCACAUAUAUCGAAUACCUGGUGUAUAAUCAGUCUUUCCAUUGAUGCAACCAAGACAAAAACACUAACCAGAAAAGACUUACGAAUCUCAUAAACGUAGGACCUCUCUAAGCCUACAGACCCAUGCAUAGAAUCUCCACAGUGGGUAUUUAUGCAAUUGAGGAACAUUUACAUACAAUCUCUCCAAUGUGCACGUAUUUAUAUAAGUCAACACAACCACUGAUCUCACGUGUUAAUAUAUACCUGAGUGGGGCUUAGAAAUGACAAACCCAAGACUGAAAAUAACAAAAAUAAAAAUCCAUGACAUG